CGCUGUGGCCUUCUCAUUUCCUCCUCUUUCUCAAUUUCUUUCGGCUUUCGCUUUCGGUCUCUGUCUCUCUGUCGUCUGGCUGCAUCAGUUCUAGUUUAAUCUUCUUGCGGUUCUGUUUCGCCUGAUCGCAUCGAGCGACAUAGAAUACCCAGAAGAAAGUAAUUCUUCGAGGAUCGGUAAUCUCGAGAUCGUAUAAGGAGUGCUGGUCUACAGCUGCAAAAUCUGGAGGACUAUCAUUUUGCUGCGCUUUGUUAGGGUUUUGUUCAUCGUCUUCUUCUUUCACGAUCUCUGUUGCUGAUCGGGAGUUUGAUUAGAAGGGGUAUCUUGUCGGUGGGUGGUUCCGAGGAAAAAGGAGUCUGCUUUUGACUUUAUUGCUGGGUUCUUCUUCCCUCCGUUCUUCGUCGUGCUGUUGGGCUCUAACGCGAAAGGAUUCUGACAGAAGAGUGUCUUUUUUAUAUUCUUUAGGCUUUUGGAACUUUUUUAUACGGGGAAGAAAAGGAAAUGUUUGAUCUGGUAGUUCAUUCUGUUAAAUCUAGAUAUUAGGGUUUCCACAGCUCUUCACUUUGGUUUUAGGUCAAAUCAUAGCCAUUCCUGUCCGUUUUACCUGUACAUUGCAUUUAAAUGGAGGUAAUAUGCUGUGCUUGAUAUUGCUAUAUUGAGGAGAAGUGAAAGCGAAGGUGAGACGGCGAGAUUUAAGAAAUCUGCACCAGUUUUAUAUGGGAGGGAAUGAAGCCUGGUCACAUCCAGGUGGCCUACUGCUCAAUGGUCUUUUGCCCAAUGAAGCCGGCAAUGUGCCUAGGGUGCUUGAUGAGGAGCGCUGGGCAAAGGCCGAAGAGAGAACUGACGAACUGCUUGCUUGUAUACAACCUAACAUACCAUCUGAGGAGCGCAGAAAUGAUGUGGCCAAAUAUGUCCAGAAGCUAAUUACGGAGCGUUUCUCCUGUGAGGUUUUCACAUUUGGGUCAGUACCUUUGAAGACCUAUUUACCUGACGGGGAUAUUGACUUGACUGCAUUCAAUAAGGAUGAAGAUAUGAAAGAUAAUUGGGCCAAUGAAGUACGUGAGGUGCUUGAGAACGAAGAAAAAAGUGAGAGCGCUGACUUUCGUGUUAAGGAAGUCCAGUACAUUCAAGCAGAGGUUAAAAUAAUAAAGUGUCUCGUAGAAAAUAUAGUUGUAGAUAUAUCUUUCAAUCAGGUUGGUGGGUUAUGCACUCUAUGUUUCCUUGAUGAGAUCGAUCAUCUGAUAAAUCAAAACCAUUUAUUCAAGAGGAGUAUCAUAUUGAUUAAAGCUUGGUGCUACUAUGAGAGUCGGAUACUUGGUGCUCAUCAUGGGCUUAUUUCAACAUAUGCUUUAGAGACUUUGGUUCUUUACAUAUUUCAUGUUUUUAACAAUUCCUUUAAUGGACCGCUUGAGGUCUUAUAUCGUUUCCUAGAAUUUUUUAGUCAUUUUGACUGGGACAACUUUUGUGUUAGCCUUUGGGGACCAGUACCAAUCAGUUCACUUCCAGAUAUGUCAGCGGAAUCUCCUCGGAAGGAUGGUGGUGAAUUGUUGCUUAGUGGACUCUUCCUUCAGGCUUGCAGUUCAGUGUAUGCUGUUUUUCCAAGUCAAGAAAAUCAAGGUCAACAAUUUGUAUCCAAACAUUUCAAUGUAAUUGAUCCUUUACGUACAAACAACAAUCUUGGACGGAGUGUCAGUAAAGGCAACUUCUAUAGGAUACGUAGUGCAUUUGCAUUUGGAGCCAAAAGGUUAGCUAGGUUACUAGAUUGUCCAAAGGAGGAUCUGAUUGCUGAAGUCAAUCAGUUCUUUAUGAACACGUGGGAAAGGCAUGGCACAGGUAAUAGACCUGAUGCCCCUUCCCUAACUAAUCGUUCUUUGAGACCCUCAAAGAAAGUUUCAGCUGAGUCUAAAAAUUCAGGUGUAACUGCAAGCCUGACCAAAAGUACUGGAAGUAUUGGACCGCAGGUUGGUCUUGACCAUCAGUCCAAAGGAAGCCUUGCUUUCCACCGUUCCGUUUCUCAGGUCCUUAACACGACUCCACAAUCUCCAAAUGCAUACAGGACAAGCAAUCCCUCCAUGUUUUCUCGCGCUCCAGGCCAUAAGGGCAAUUCAAACCAAAUUAAUUCAAGAGACUCUGAUCAUCCGGAAAAAAAUCUUCACUGUGGCAAGCCUGUUAAAUCUGACAAGAAUCAGAAAAUUUUAAGACCCAAUUAUACCGACCUGGACGAACGGGUUAGUUUCCAAUUCUCUAGGACGCAAUCAAGUCCAGAAUUAACAGAGACAUCCGUAAAUGCUCCAUCGCGAAUGAGGACUGGUAGGGUUGCAGAGGCAAGUAAAGCAUUCAGUGAGCAUUUAAGAUCAGAAUAUGGAAGCAGAAGGAAAAACAAUAAUUCUGAAGUUUCAAGCAUUCAAAGUGCAAGGUCUUCGGUUGAUGAUCCUUCAUUUUUUAGGCCAAGUUCAUCUCAGCAGAGCCUUGAGGCUGCUACUGAUUCUAAUAGUGUCUCAAAUAGCUAUCAUGAUGAGACUGGUUUCACCACUGUGGGGGAAGAACUUGCUUCUGUUUCUGAUGCAUUGGAGUUGCAGCAGCAGGAACAGCAGGACAUGAUCAAUUUGAUGGCAUCUUCACGGGUUCAUAAUUUUAUUGGGCAGGUCCAACUACCGAUUCAUUUUAGUUCUCCUCAUCCUCCUCUUCCUCUUUCUCCUUAUCUUGCUUCAAUGGGUUAUGCUCAGAGAAAUUUGGUUACCUUGAUUGACCCUUCCUGGGGAUCUACUAUGCAAUUUCCUCAAGGUUUUGUUUCAUCACAGUUUCCUCAUUAUUUUCCUAAUGUUAAUAACCUGAAGUCAAACUCAGAUGAACUUGAGAGUGGCAAUGAGAUUCCUCAUGUGAAUGCUAUGAUUCCAGAGGAUGGGGAACAUGAUGCAUGGCAUGGUCAUGAUGUUGGGUCAGGCAGAGGUUUUGAAACUGAUAAUGGAGGCCAGAUGCCCCGCUUUGAUGAAAGGCAACAUUCUUCUCCAAGACGAUUUAAAUAUGUUCCUUUAUCAGCAACAAAUAACUCAGUGUCAGGGCAUAAAAAAAUUGCGACAGAAAAUAAAGUAUCUAGAGAUGAUUAUCCUAAUGCUUUUCAACAAAAAAGCAGUGGAACAAAUGACAUUGACAAUGAUAGAAAUGCAAAGAUGAGGCAUAUUCCAGUGCUGCAGGUUAGCUCUGCUAGAGGUAAUCUGUACUCUGAAACUUCAAGGGAUGGAGCAAAUGUGAAGCCUUCCAUAUUAACAAGGAACAAAUGGGGAAGAAGCCCAUCUACUGCAGUUACAAAUUCCCUACGUGGGAAAGCAAAGAGUGAACGGCAAUAUGAAGUUGCAUCAGAACCUGCUUCAUCAUCACAUGAGGAUGAUGAAAGUGGAGGUUGGGCGUCUACAUCAGCUGCAGCUGCCAAUAUGGAAGAGCGUGUCAUAUCAUCAGCUCCUUUGAUUCCCGUGCAUUCUAGGAGCCAGCUAUCUGGAUAUGAACAGGAACAGAUAAGUGGUGCAGAAUCGAUGAUCCCAUUUGCACCAAUGCUUGUUGGUGGUUCUCGACAGAAGUUGGCUGAAAAUUCUGGGGUUAUUCCAUAUACAUUCUAUCCUACAGGUCCACCAGUCCCAUUCUUAACCAUGGUUCCAGUAUACAAUUUUCCGGCUGAUGGGGCAAAUGCUGAUGGUUCAACAAAUCUGGUUGAUAAGGAUGAUGAAGCGGAGCAUCUUCAUGCAUCUUCGUCUGACCAGAACUUUGAUUCUGUAGAGAACUAUGAUCAACUUGAUGGUCUCAUGAAUUUGAGUACCUCAAAAGGUGCAACAGCCCCAGAUUCAUAUGAAGAACACAAACCAGAUAUUCUCCACAGUGAUUUUGCUAGCCAUUGGCAAAAUUUGCAAUAUGGAAGGUUCUGCCAGAACACCCGUAACCAUGGACCAUUAACCUAUUCUCCUCCUGUAAUGGUGCCUCCAGUUUAUCUACAGGGUCAUUUUCCCAUGGAUGGCCCUGGUAGACCACAUUCAGCUAACAUGAACUUUACACAGGUCAUGGGAUAUGGUCCUCGAUUGGUUCCAGUCGCUCCUCUACAGCCUGGUCCUAGCAGACCUUCUGGUGUUUUCCACCGAUAUGGGGAUGAGUCACCAAGAUAUCGAAGUGGCACUGGAACUUACCUCCCAAAUCUAAAGGCUUCUUUCAGAGAGAGACAAUACUCAAAUUCAAGAAAUCACAGAGGCAGCUACAAGCAUGACCGAGGUGAUCAGGCAGACAGAGAAGGAAGUUGGAUUAAUGCGAAAGCACGAUCCGCUGGUCGCGGUCAUGCACGAAAUCAGAAUGAGAGGUCAAACUUCAGGUCUGAUCGAUUGGUUACACCGGAUAAUCGACAAUGGGAUUCAUAUAGGCAUGAACAGUUCGCCCCUCAUCAAGCGCAAAAUAUUUCUUUUAGGCCAUCAAACUUGCAAAACAAUUCUGCUAGCUUGCCAUAUGGCAUUUAUCCUCUACCCGGCGGAGGUUCCAAUGGUGUUGGUUCUUCUGUCCCUUCUGUUGUGAUGCUCUAUCCAUACGAGCAGGGCGUUGGUUAUGGUCCAUCUGCAGAAUCCCUCGAGUUUGGAUCAUUUGGACCAGUGCAUUUGUCCAAUCAUGAAGGUCCAAGACCCAUUGAUGGAAAUCCAAUAAAAAGAAUACAUGAUCCAAGGCAUAGUACUAAUAGAGGAGGAUCUCCAAGAUCUUCACCAGACCAACCCUCUUCACCGCAAAUACCACCAAGGGAACUUUAAAAUUACUGUUGAAGAUCUUCGGACCGGUGGAAUCAAAUCAUUGUGAUAGCCGAUCGAUGGGCUUGUUUUGCACUUUGAUCUUGUAUAUUUUUCUGUUGUAAUUCUGCCUCUUGAUUCAAUUUCCAUUGUACUGAUUUUGUCAUUGUGUACACUAGCUUCUAACCCUCCAUUCCAGUUCUUCAGGGUAAAGGGUCGAAGGGAAGAUGAUGGCUCUUGCUUCUUUCUCCUUGGGUUUACUCUGCAACAGAUAUUAAUUGGUUUAGGCCUCUUUUGUAGUUCCUUGUAAAGCUGUCCCUAAAUAAUUGGGAUAAGGCUAAUGGUGAUGAUGACGAUGAUGAUGAUGAGUAGUUCCUACUAGACUCUUUUUCUAUCAGGUAAACUUCUACAGUCUUAGGACUUUGUUUUACAAAUUAGAUAUUUAGCUCCUUAACUUCUAAAUGAAACCUUUUUAUAGUGUACUAUAUCCCAAUAUUUUGCAUAGAUAGGACUUUUUUUUCAAUCA